AUGGCUCGCAUCGACGUCGAAAAGACCAUCGAGGAGCUAACCCUCGGCGAGAAGGUGGCCCUCACAGCAGGCCAAGACUUCUGGCACACAGCCUCAAUUCCACGCCUAAACAUCCCCGCCCUGCGCAUGUCCGACGGCCCCAAUGGCGUCCGCGGCACACGCUUCUUCAACGGCAUCCCAGCAGCAUGCUUCCCCUGCGCCACAGCCCUCGGCGCAACCUGGGACACCGAGCUGCUGUCCGAGGUCGGCUCACUGAUGGGCGAAGAAGCGAUCGCGAAAGGCACUCACAUCGUCCUGGGUCCCACGAUCAACACGCAACGAUCCCCGCUUGGCGGUCGGGGCUUCGAGUCUUUCUCCGAGGACGGUGUGCUUUCCGGCACGCUGGCUGGAUACUUCUGCAAGUCGAUGCAGGAUAAAGGCGUUGCUGCUACGCUCAAGCACUUUGUCUGCAAUGAUCAGGAACAUGAGCGUCUGGCGGUUAAUAGUAUUGUUACUGAUCGUGCGCUGAGGGAGAUUUAUUUGCUGCCAUUUCAGUUGGCUAUGCGGAUUUGUCGCUCUAAGUGUGUGAUGACGGCUUAUAAUAAGGUUAAUGGGAUUCAUGUUAGUGAGAAUAAGGCUAUUAUUGAUGAUAUCUUGCGAAAGGAGUGGGGGUGGGAGGGUGUUGUUAUGAGUGACUGGUUUGGUACCUACAGCGUUUCUGAUGCCGUCAUUGCUGGUCUCGAUAUCGAGAUGCCCGGUAAGACCCGUUGGCGUGGCGAGGCUCUUGCCCACGCCGUCUCUUCGAAUAAGGUGGCGCAAUAUCAGCUUGACGAGCGCGUGCGCAAUGUGCUCAAUCUGGUUAACUGGGUGGAGCCCCUGGGUAUCCCAGAGGGAGCACCUGAGAAAGCUCUCAACCGGCCAGAAGAUCAGGCUCUGAUGCGCCGUGCCGCCGCUGAGUCUGUGGUACUGAUGAAGAACGAGGACAAUAUCCUUCCCCUGAAGAAAGAUAGCUCUCUUCUGGUCAUUGGACCUAACGCGAAGAUUUCCGCCUAUUCCGGUGGUGGCUCUGCGUCCUUGGCUCCGUACUAUACCGUCACUCCGUUCGAUGGUGUCUCCGCUAAGAGUGAAGGAGAGGUCCAGUUCAGCCAAGGCGUGUAUUCUCACAAGGAUCUCCCGCUUCUUGGUCCGCUGAUGAAGACCGCGGACGGCAAGCCUGGCUUCAUUUUCAAGGUCUACAAUGAACAUCCCGACUCCAGCGAGGACCGACAGGUCGUGGACGAGUUGCACCUGCUCGAAUCAUCCGGCUUCUUGAUGGACUACGUCAACCCCAAAAUCAAGUCCAACACCUACUACGUUGAUAUGGAGGGAACAUACACCCCCGAGGAGAGCGGCGUCUACGACUUCGGCGUGACAGUCGUCGGCACAGGCCGCCUCCUCAUCGACGAUGAAAUCGUCGUCGACAACACCAAGAACCAAAAGCAAGGCUCCGCCUUCUUCGGCACAGCAACCAUCGAAGAGAAAGGCACCAAAGAGCUCACCGCCGGCCAGACCUACAAAGUCCUCUUCCAAUUCGGCAGCGCCCCAACCUCAGACCUCGACACCCGCGGCAUCGUCGCCUUCGGACCGGGCGGCUUCCGCUUCGGCGCCAGCCGCCGCGUAAGCCAAGAAGAGCUCAUCUCCAAGGCCGUCGAGCAAGCCAAAACCGCCUCCCAAGUCGUCAUCUUCGCCGGCCUAACCCUCGAAUGGGAAACAGAAGGCCACGACCGCCAAAACAUGCACUUACCCCCGGGCAGCGACGACCUGAUCAGCCGCGUCCUGGACGUAAACCCCAACGCAGUCGUCGUCAUCCAGUCCGGCACACCCGUCACCAUGCCCUGGGUACAUAAAGCCAAGUCCCUCGUGCAAGCCUGGUUCGGCGGUAACGAGCUCGGCAACGGUAUCGCCGAUGUCCUCUAUGGCGACGUCAACCCUUCCGCAAAGCUGCCACUUACCUUCCCCGUUCGCCUACAGGAUAACCCCUCGUACCUGAACUUCCGCUCCGAGCGCGGCCGCGUCCUCUACGGCGAGGACAUUUACGUCGGUUAUCGAUAUUACGAGAAGAGUGAUGUGGCGCCUGCCUUUGCUUUCGGUCAUGGGCUGUCGUAUACGAGCUUCGAGCGUACCGAUCUGCAUGUCGACACUGUCCCUGAACAGGCUAAGUACGCUGAGUCUGGGGAGCCGGUUACUGUUUCGGUGACUGUGGCUAAUACGGGAGAGGUGGCUGGUGCGGAGAUUGUGCAGAUGUGGGUUUUGCCGCCGAUGACGGAUGUUGGGCGUCCGGUGCGUGAGCUUAAGGCUUUUAAGAAGGUAUUCUUGCAGCCUGGUGAGAGGAAGACUGUGGAGUUGGUUGUUGAGAAGAAGUUGGCGACGAGUUGGUGGGAUGAGGAGAGGGAGCAGUGGAUCUCUGAGAAGGGGUUGUAUAAAGUUCUUGUCACGGGGACUGGGGAUGAGGAGUUGCGGGGUGAGUUUGAGGUUGGGAGGACUAGGUUCUGGCUUGGUUUGUAG